AUGGAACAAGGAAACUUCUUAAGAAAGGCACUCCAGCAAGCUGAUGGGCCGAGCAUGGGACUCUGGCAGAUGGUGUCUGGCGCGAAUGUGUCUCGUGCCCUCGCUCGCGUGCCAGGCGUCGACUGGGUGGUGAUCGAUUGCGAGCACGGCAACAUCGAUGACAGCGCUAUGCAUGACGCAGUCCCUGCUGUUGCUGCAGCUGGUGCGUCCCCUAUAGUAAGAAUUCCCGGUAUGGAGUCAUGGAUGAUCAAGAGAGCUUUAGACUCGGGCGCGCAUGGAAUCCUGGUACCUUUGCUUCGCACCGCGCAGGAAGCCAGAGAAAUCGUCAAAGCGGCCAAGUUCCCUCCUCAGGGCACACGUGGAUUUGGCUCUCCUUACGCAAUGGAGCGCUUCAGCCCCAUGCCGACGAUGACGGAGUAUCUUCAGCAGGCAAACAGCAGUCUUCUUACUAUAGUCCAGAUCGAAACCCAGGAGGCCCUCGAUAACUUGGAGGAAAUCGCAGGUAUCGAUGGCGUCGAUGUCUUAUUCGUGGGACCAUUCGACUUAGGCAAUAACAUUGGACAUCCUAUCAUCCAAAGCGUCGUCAAGGCAGAACUGAGAGAGGCGGUUGGGCGUGUGCUCGAGGUUAGCCACAAAUUUGGCAAGAAAUGUGGAAUCUACAGUACAUCCGGCACACAAGCGAGGCAAUAUGCCGAGGCUGGAUUCGACAUGAUCCAUGUGGCAACAGACUUUACAUCAUUGCAAUUUAUCAUGACGCAGGAGGUCAAUAUUGCUAGAGGAAUAGAGGGUACUGAAAAAGGCGGUAGCUAUUAA